AUGUCUCUUGGUUUGACAAUGAAAAGUGAUCCUGGAACCCAAAACACUGUGGCAUGUGGUCCAACUAUUCCAAAGGACUGCAAAAGCUACACUAUGUACAAUGGUGUGUGUUUUCAGAUAGACCAGUACAAUAUAUUUGGACCUCCAAUCCCUUCUUCCAUUGACGAAUGCCUGAUUGGAACAGACAUCGCCUUUCUGUUGGAUGGUUCAGGGAGUGUAAAAAGUCAAGAUUUUCAAAAAAUGAAGACCUUUGUGAAAAACCUCGUUGGGUCAUUUCUCUCAAGUGAUACAAAGUUUUCUGUUUCCCAGUUCUCUCAUUCACCAAAGGUCCAUUACUACUUUAAUAAUUUUUUCUCAUCUGGAUCAUGGAAAUCUAACAUUGAUAGAAUUACACAACUACAUGGAGGAACUUACACAGCUAAGGCCAUCGAACAUGCUGUCCAAAAUGUUUUUACACCACAAAGGGGAUCCAGAUCAAAUGCAAAGAAGGUGCUGAUAGUUAUAACUGAUGGAGAAUCUCAAGACUCAAAUCGCUUACCAUAUGCAGCACAGCUAGCUGAGAGUAAAAAAAUAGUUCGAUUUGCUAUUGGGGUGGGGGAUGCGUUUAAUAAACCUGAGGCAAAACAAGAACUGGACACCAUUGCAUCUUUUCCCUCAGACAAACACGUGUUUCAAGUUAGAGACUUCAACGCACUUGAAAUAAUAAGACAGAACUUAGAGAAAAAAAUCUCUAUCGAAGGAUCUCAGACCAGUGGGGAGUCACUGAGAAUGGAAAUGGCUCAAGAGGGAUUCAAUGUAGCUUAUGUGCCUGAGGGAAUUCAAAUGUCUAUUGUUGGUGCCAACCAGUGGACGGGAGGCUAUACUCAAUUUACAACUGGGUAUGACAGGGUGAAAACAUACGAGAUGCCAUUGGAGCCUGACAGUUAUCUUGGUUACUCCAUGGCAAUUGCUAAAACCCAGCGUGGCUCACUGACAGUUAUUGGUGCUCCAAGGUUCAAACACAGAGGAACAGUGCUUGCUGUGACAUGGAGUUUACAGUUCUCAACAGCUAACAGACAAAGCUUUAUGAAACAAACGAUUGAGCCGUUUCCGUGGCAGUAUCAGACUGGUGAAUAUUUCGGGGCAGAGGUGUGUGCCAUGGACAUAAAUAAUGAUGACAUCACUGAUCUAAUCUUUAUAUCAGCCCCAAUGUACACGGAGCCUGAUAGAGAGGGAAGAGUUUAUGUUUGCAGAUUAACUGGUUCGUUUGUGGAGUGUAAUUUUGAUGAUCCGUUAGUACUAAGAGGACAUGCAGCUGUCAAAGGAAGGUUCGGCUCUUCUCUUGCUGUGCUGCCUGAUCUAAACUCAGAUGGAUUCAGGGAUUUGGCAGUUGGAGCACCUUUGGAGAAUAAUGGUGAAGGCAGCAUCUACAUAUUCCACAGUGAAGGAGGACGAAUCAGUCCUACUUACUCACAGAGAAUUACUGGCUCUGAGGUCGAGUCAGGACUGAAGUUCUUUGGCGUGUCAAUCAGUCAGUCAUCUUUUGACCAGAGUGGUGAUGGACUGCCUGACUUAGCGGUGGGUUCAAAGGGCAAAGUUGUUUUAUUGAGAUCAAGGCCCAUAGUAAUCGUGAAAACUGAUGUUUCAUUCAGCCCAAAGCAAAUCCUUACUACGAAUGUAGACUGCUCAAAACCACUCGAGAACACAGCUGAACUCUGCUUUACCAUGAGCAGAGUGUCUACAGUCAACACAGCUGAAGCAAGGAUUAAUUAUAAUUUAACGCUGGAUGCCACUCGCAAACCUCUGAACAACCGAGCGUACAUCAGUGGGAAACAACAAGAGCAGUCUGGAUCAUUUACUAUAGACAUAAGAAACAGACAGUGUUCAACUGUAAAAUUCUAUAUUGAGGCCUGUCCUGAAGACUCUCUCAAUGUGCUCUCCAAUGAGCUCAAAUUCACAUUUGAUGGUUUAUCUUCCAACACAGAUCCCAAACCAAGUCUGUCCCCACAGGCUAAAACAACAACCAUUCAUCCUUUAGGGUUUGACAUCAACUGUGGCAAUGACAACAAGUGUGUUGAUAACCUGAAAGUGGAUUUCAACUUCACCAGAUCCUCAGAGGUUAAAGUGGGCAUUGAUGAGCUUUUGAAUGUCACAGUCACAGUGGAGAACAGAGGAGAAAACUCCUACAACAGCCGUGUUAUUCUCACGUACCCAGCUGGACUCUCCUACAGGAAGUUCACGAGUCAGCAGGUAAGGUAUCAGGAUCAAGGAAGAAUUGAGUGCAGCCCCUUGGACAGUGAAGAUGGUUUAUCCCGGGGAAGGACAGACUGCACUAUUGACAAGCCAAUUUUCAAGAGCAAAACUAAGGUUUUCUUCAUUGUUUCCUAUGGAAUUGACACCAACAGUCAACUUGAGAGGAAGAUCUUUGUCACUGUGAAUGCCAGCAGUGGAAAUCAGGAGCAUGCCACAACAAGUGAACUCUACAAAAAGAAAUCAAUUUAUGUGAAAUACAGCAUUUUUAUGACAUUUGAAAACUCCCUCAGUUACAACAAUUUCACAUUUGGGAUGAAUAGUUCGCAGAAACCAGUUCAACAGUCAGUCACGAUUACAAAUGAUAUCAGAGCGCUUAAUUUCACUGUGGUGAUCAGGGUUCCAGUGAAGCUUGGUGAAAAAGACAUUUGGGUGGAUUUGAGCAAUCUACAGAUCACAGACUGUCAGAGAGGAAAUGAUGAAGAACCACCUUUCAAAAAUCUUGUUCCUCAAAUACUGACAAAUAAAGUAGUUGACUGCUCUGUAGCCAGGUGCAGAGUGUUCAAGUGCAACACAUUCCUGGAAAGACGGAUGAAGAGGACAUAUGAAAUAUCUGCCAACCUCAGUUCAGGAUGGAUAGAGCAGAUUGGACUUCAAUCUGCCAAAUUCCUCUUAACCAGCACAGUCAGUCUCGAGUACGACAAAAACCAGUACAUCUACUUUUCAACAGGUUCUGACAACCCUCCUGUUCGUAAGAUUGAAGUUGUGGUAGAAGUGUAUCCUGAGCCAAAUUUCACCAAAGAAAUUAUUGGAGGAUGUCUGGGAGGGUUGGCUUUUCUGGCUUUACUCACUGCUGGCCUGUACAAGGCUGGAUUUUUCAAGAGCAAAUACAAACAGAUGAUAAAUGAAAAUCCUGCAGACGUUCCAGGUCCAGGGACUGAUGCAACAGCAGAAUAACAAAGAUCACAUUUUUUAGUUGUAGGUGUAAACUAAAUUAAUAGGAUGAAUAUCUGUGAAUAUACCCUCCUGAUAUUUUUAGGAAUGAAUAUUGUGCAUAUAAAUGUCAGUGCUACCACGUUUGAUUCGCUAAACACAAACAGCUAUGUCUGAAAUCACUCCAUCCCUCACUUACUCUGAAGUACUCUGAAGUAUU